AUGAAUUGUCAUUGCUUCCCCUACGGGUACGUCCCCUUCCUUGCGAAUGAGGGAUUGUACUUCCUUGUUAUCUACAUCUCCCUCGAAUACAUCAUCCGCCUAUUCUCACCUCUCACCAUUUUCACCCGUAAUGUUACCUUCUCGCCAACUUCUCUGUUGCCGUUGUCACGGGCCAAGGAAGCACUGAAGCUGCCGGUACGCCGCCGCCUCCCCAGCAACACGGCCAUGUCGGAUUCGUUGUUCCAAACGGCCAUGCUGAACAAUGCGGUGGCGGGCCCUGGUGAUAACAGCCACCACAGCCUCCCCUUGCGCUCCCUUACGCCGCCGCUCCUCCAUCUCAACGUCCAUACUUCUCCACUACCAGCCAGCUCGACAACGAACUUCGCGGCCGACACAGGCGCCGGGCUCAAGUCUGAGUGGCAACAGCUGAUUCUCGAAAACAAUGCUGCAAACUCGACGCCUUCUCUCCUUAAUGAGGCACGCGCCCAUUCGAAUCGGCAUCAGCACGGUAGCAACAUCAGCCCAAGGGGCAGCUCGAUUGUUGCUUCCACCACCGCCACCGCCACGAUGUCGUUACAAGAAGCGUCCCGAGUCUGGGAUACAACGGGAUACUGGGCGGAACGUCAGAUUGCCCACCCGAUGACGAGCACCGAGGCAGGUUCCGCCUCGUCGUGCCAGGAGAGUCCCUCCAGCAUCAUCAUCAAGGCCUUGAAAUGGCGCCCACUAUCGGCAAAACCAGGGAGUCACUUUGGCGCUCGCGAAACCUCGUCUUCACUGCCCAUGGAAGGUGUCGCCAAGGAGGCGCGUGGCAUCGAAUCAGCCUUUCACCAGCAGCCAGCGCCGAACCCUUAUUUGUCCGAGUGGGCCCAUGUGCGUUCACUCCAGAACCCUGAAUACACAUACACCAAGCCGUCGACGGAGAGUCUCGUUGUCCAUCCGCGGCCGAACAAGAGAUGGAUGAAGCGUUCUGCAGUGCCUGGCUCGAAUGAAACUGCACUCAGGACAACAUCCACCCAGGCACCUCCCGCACAAUCGGCCAACAUCUCUCAAAAGACGACCAAGGCUUGGUUCACCCGGGCAAUGAAAGAGUUCGAAUCCAAAUUAAUCAGGCACAAGAACCGCAGAGAGCAGAAAAGGCAACGGCGGUCGGUUAUCAGCGACGUGGCUGCGCCGCAGAACACGGUGGACGAGGUUUGCAAAUACCUCGCAUCGCAGAAGAAUGCAGGCAAGACCGGGACCUGGGCCGGAGAUGAGAAGGCGACCAAAUUAUCGCGCAAGCGUUUUGGCAAGGCGCCCUGGCAGCAGAAUGACUCCGGAAGCUCGUUCAUUUCGGUUGACAGCUCGGUUCGAGACCUGUUACUAGGCCCCACGCCGCCUGUUACGCCCACUUCAAGUCAUGGCCCAGACCGAGGCCGUCCGGAUCAUGACGCCUACUCCGAUGAUGAAAACUGA